ACCAUGUGGUUACGUUGUCCGACUUCGUUUUUUGAGGUUCUCUUCUCUUUUUCGUUUGUACGUAUAAUUUGUCAAGAGAACAAAUUGUGCUGUUGGAUUGAACUUUAAAAUUUGUAGUGAUAUUUCGACAAUAAGUUAAAUCAACUCGUCAUCAUGUCGGCUGAUUUGAGUUGGAUGAUCAUUAGAAACAACAAUGCCUUCUUAUCUAAGAAGACUAACAUUAAGAAGCCAUUUAGCAAGGAACCCAUGAACCUGACCAACUUGGCCUCUAAACGUUAUAAUGGUCUCGUUAACGACAACAGCAUCGGUGUUGAACCCGGUCCUAAUAACAAAGGUUUCACCGUUAUCACCAAGAAGCGCAAGUUGGCGUAUAAACCUGGAAAGGCCCUAAUCAAAACCACUUUCUCGUCUGGACCAAGACGAUCACUGUUCAAACUGCGCAAAUAUCUGCUUGGCAACAGCUACAGGAAAGAUUUGAUACAGGCUUCCUUGAGAAGGGCUAGCGCCAUUUUGGAAUCGCAGAAAAGAGCAGCGUUGACCCUCAAGAAAUUAGGAAAAAGCAAAAAAUCCGAUGCUUAAGUUUUAAAAUAAUAUAUUUUUUUUCUUUAAGUACAA